UUGAUUUAUUUUCCGUGGAAGAAAGAGGAAAAUGGAGAAUAUUGGUGUUGGUGUUGGUGUGCCGUUUUCCGAUCUAACGGUGGAGAGGUAUCCGUUAGGGUUCAUGGAUUUACUGGGUCUUCAUCAAAGCAUCUCACGUUAUGCCCUGAUCCAUCCGCCGUCGAUGCAGUUACCGGCGACACCGUCGUCGAUCUCAUCUACUUCGUGCGAAGCUCUGUCUGAAGAUGAAAACAGUAGAGACUACGAGGAAGAAGAAGAGCAACAUACGAGAUAUAAGCCGUUUAAAUUAGCGAAGAGUAGAAGUGAACAAAAGAAGACGAGAGUGCCAAGAGUGUCAUUCAUCACGAAGAGCGAAGUUAAUAAUCUAGACGAUGGUUAUAAAUGGAGAAAAUACGGUCAAAAACCUGUCAGAAACAGCCCUUUCCCAAGGAAUUACUACCGUUGCACUACUUCUUGGUGUGACGUGAAAAAGAGAGUGGAGAGAUCAUUCAGUGAUCCGAGCAAUGUAAUCACCACUUACGAAGGUCAACACACGCAUCCUAUACCACACAUCAUGUCUAAAAGAGUCAGCUUUGGGUCCAAUGGCUCAGCUUCUGGGGCCCACUUUGGCCUGCCUAAACUCCCUCCUCAGCUUCAUCAUCAGCUUUUCGAUUACAACAACCAUCAACAACAACAACAAGAGCUGUCUUUUUUUGGAACCGAGUACCUUAACAGGCAAGAAAAAGGAUCCGAUCAUGAUGAUGAAGAUGAUGAUCAUGAUUAUGUGAUGAAGAAGAGUCGAACUCAGGAUCUGCUUAAUGGGGCUGGUUUAGUCAGAGACCAUGGCCUUCUACAAGAUGUUGUUCCAGCUCAUAUUAUCAAGGAAGAGUAUUAGUUAAUCGCAUAAUGAAGUCUUAGGUUUAAUUUUUCUACUUGUCAAUGGCAACUAAAAAACAGUCCUUUAC